AUGGUCCAAGCCGUGGCCGUGACAGCCCCCGCGACAAUGUCGGUGGUGGGUGACCGGCCUCGACCAGUCCUCCGUGACGACUGCAUUCUAGUCAAAACCGUGAGCGUGGCCCUCAACCCCACCGACUGGAAAACUGUCCUCCGGAGGAACCCCACCGUCAUUGUCGGCUGCGAUUACUCGGGCAUCGUGGAAGCCAUCGGUCCCGACGUCAAGAAAGCCUUCCGGGUCGGGGAUCGCAUCUGCGGGACCAUCCAUGGCUGCAACCCCGAACACCCGGACGACGGGGCAUUCGCUGAGUAUGCCCUGGCACUCGGAGACCUUCAGAUGGCCAUCCCGGAGCGACUCAACUUCCAGGAGGCGGCAACCCUAGGGGUUGGCCUGCUCACCAUCGGUCAGUCUCUGUACCAGAGUCUGCAACUCGCACCAUUAGACCACCCACUUACCCAGCCGGAACCCAUCCUCAUCUAUGGCGGUGCUUCGGCCACAGGGACCCUUGCAAUUCAAUUUGCCAAUUUGUCCGGGUAUAAGGUGAUUACGACAUGUUCGCCUGAGCAUGAGGAGUUGGUGAAGAGUCGUGGUGCUGAUAAGGUAUUUGACUAUAAAAAACCGGGGGCGGCGGAGAGGAUCCGGGAGUAUACUGAGGAUCGGUUGACCUUGGUGAUGGACACGAUUUCAACGGAGGAGACAGCGGCCUUUUGUGUAAGGGCUAUGAGCACGCAAGGGGGCGAUUAUACCGCGAUUUUGGACGUCAAGGUGCCCCGGGAGGAUGUGAGAAGUCGAUGGACACUGGCAUACACGUGUAUGGGUAAGGAGCUCACGUAUCGUGAAGUCACCAUUCCAGCGAAGCCACAGGACCGGACCUUUGCGGAGGAGUGGAUGGAGACGGCAGUCAAGGUGAUUGCUGAUGGCAGGGUUGUUCCCCAUCCGGUGAAGUUUGGCCUAAAUGGCUUGCAGGGAGUGAUUGAGGGACUGAGUGCCUUGAGGGAAGGGAAGGUCCGGGGGUGCAAGUUGGUAUACAAUGUGGACGAGACUAGUCCAUAG